GCGUUUUGAAACCGGAAGCGGCUACUUUGUGGCGCUACUUUUGGUGAAGUUAAGUCAUAUAGCUUCCAAAGAUGUCUCUAAGUUCAGUGCAGUCCACCUUGUCAACUCUGAAGUCAUGCCAAGCAGAUAUUGGAGGUUGUAUGGACAUGGUAUCAGAUGUUGCGCUGGGAAUAGUUGAAGCACAAGGUAUGGAUAACAGUCCAGCUCUGAAGAAGCUGGAGGGGAUGAUUCUGGAGUGCUCGAGACUGGACAGAGAAAUCAACUGUUUUGUGGAGUCUGUUGAUGAGAUGACUGCUCAGGUCAGACAUGAACCUCCUGAGGCCAUGGUUCACCUGAGAAACUCUGUAAAGGAGCGAUUCACUGAGCUUAUGGCUGAAGUUACAGAUGCAGACCUACAAAGGCACAGCAAGGUUGUUGCCUUCAGAGACAGUGUCAGGAAAUAUGCCAUGCAAGCAGGUCAAACUGCUGCUGAGAAUGAAGAAGAGGAGCUGGAUGAGGACAUUGCUGUAACACAGAGCCAGACAAACUUCAUCUGCCCUCUCACCCAGGUUGAGAUGGUCAAUCCAGUGAAAAACAAGAAAUGCCAUCAUUACUAUGACCAAGAGGCUGUACUUGAAAUGAUUAAGGCCAGGCACAAAAAUAAGAAGAAAUUUCGCUGUCCAAAGGUUGGCUGUGGAAACACAGAUGUUCAGCUGUCAGAUCUCGAGUUGGACCUGGUUAUGAAGAGAAUGAUCCAGAACCAUAAGAGACAGAGCGGAAAAACUUAAUUUGACUAAAUCAGUCCUGCAGACGUUACAGUUGUUCUGUCUGUAAUAGGAAAAUGGUUUUGCCUGAAUUUUUUUAAUGUAGAACUGGACUUUUGUAGUAAAAUUUGGUUCAUGUUAAUCUAUAACACAUUUAUAGUUCAUGUUUGCAAUACAAAUAUAAAUGCACUAUGCUUGGUAAUUCUGACCUUUAUUUUUUUUAAAUAAAAAUUUGCACCGUUCUAUUACCUCACUGUCUCAGAUCAACUAGGCAUUUUAUCCUUAGUCAAACAGAGUAAGACUUUUCAUCUCUAGCAAUGACAAUAAAAAACCUAGUUCUUUUCAAAACAAUUCACAACCAAAUGUUUAUUCAACAUAAUUGCACUGUAAAAUAAUCCAUUAGAAUCAGGCCAAAAGCCUGUUUUAUAGUACUCCACCAUGUCACAAAGACAUGAAAUCAGCAUGAGACAUG